GGAAAAAAUGGACGUGGAAACAGAUCUUCGUGGAUCCAAAGUCAACCUCACUCUGCUGCUGACCCCUCUCAUCUAUAGAAGCGGGUGUUAGCAAGUAGCCGUUCAGGUGGGCCAGGUCGCCAUGACUAUGAGAUCCACUGUGUUCUCAAGUGGAGCAUACAAGCUGGACACAGGUAUUGCUGACCUUGGCAAAGCUCAAGUUGGAGCUCCAGAUUCCUUCGCCGGCCUGAAAAAGGAAUCGUGUGAAUACGGCAUCAGCAGUAUUCCCAGCCUGCUGGGCUCCAUUAAAAAAACUGGUGGUGGUGGUCAUCAGCAUUUUAAAGGCAAGACCAAGACUUCAGCCUCUCAUCAGAGUUUAGCGCGUAAAUCUGGCCAACCCUCAGAAUUGGGGGUGGGGCAGGAGCAAAAUUUGGGGAGCCUUGGAACCUCAGCGCCCCCGCUGGGCAAACAGAUGGGGGGCGACAGCACCCCGGUCAAGAGCAAGUCACUUUUUGGACAGGCUAACAACAGCAUGGGUAAGAUGGACCCUUUAGUGUCCAACGGCAACAAGCAGCCCAGGGAGGCGGGCGCAGCAGGCGUUGCGGUGACCGGCGUGUCCUCGCCGGAGCACAGCCCCGACGGAAAACGCCGGAACGUGCGGAAAGGCCCGGGCCACGCGGCCACACAGACUAAUUGCAUCCGGCAAAUCCUUCUCCUGCAGCUCGAGCUCAUUGAGCAGCAACAACAACAACUCCACAACAAGAGCAAGGAGAUCGAAGCCCUCAAAGCUGAGAAGGAGAUGCUGAUGGCUCGCAUCGAGCGCAUGGAACGAAGGCUGCAGAUGGUGAAAAAGGACGGGAGAGACCCACGCCCGACUCAUCAGACUCCCAAGAAGGAGCAGGAGGCUGAACAGAAGUGUACAGAAGGGGAGAGUGUCCCAGAUGGGCGGAGCCACACACCCAGGCCGGCGCACAUCGGAAGGGGCGGAAAAGGCCCGAAAAGGAGGUUCCUUUUCCAGGACUCCAGAAUGGCCCGGUCUCGGAGAGGCCCUCAGAAGCCCCUCCCGCAGAGGGAAAGCGCGCCUCUGAAGGAGGAGACGCAAGAAACGGUGGGCUCAGGUUCAAGGUCACCUGGUUCCCCUGUCGUCCAAUCAGAGGAGCUGCCUUACAUGGCCACCACAGAAAUGUACCUGUGCUGUUGGCAUCAGCCCCCCACGUCGCCGUGGCGAGACUGCUCUCCUGUGCACGAGGACACAGUGGACGUCCCUUCCUGGAGAGAGAACUGCUUAGAGCCCCUGAAAGAGGCGGAGGCUUCCGACAUCCCGGAGAGUUUGGAGGAUGGUGUGUUUUUGAAGCGGCAUUCAAAGCUGGAGCAGGAUGAGAAGAGGAGGAAAAGGUGGGAUAUCCAGCGAAUUCGCGAGCAGCGCAUGUUCCAGCGUCUGCAGCAGCGCAUGAACAAGAGGAAAGUCGUCCAGGAGAGCGAACCAGAGUUGCUCUCCUUCUACCCGGAGGCUGAGGAUGUUGAAUCUAUAAUGAUUACUCCCUUCUUGCCGGUGGUGGCUUUUGGCAGACCUCUGCCUAACCUUACCCAGCAGAGUUUCGACUUGCCUUGGCUGGACGAACGCAGCCGCUGUCGGCCGGAAGCGUCCAAGAAGAAGACGCCCCAUCGGACGUGCCGCAAGUGAGUCCGUCCACAGGAGGCGCUGUAAGAAGGAGCGCCGCACGCCCGUUCUCCGGCGCGGGGGGGGAGGGGUUGAGCCGUCACGCUGCCGUGGUCCACUGCCCCAUUUGUUCCAUAUGUCCGUGGUUGCACCGCGUAUCUGACUUCAUGGAUCGCACUUCUUGGUCUUUGAAGCGGGUUACAGGCCUGGCCAUUUUGGACUUCCCAUAAACCUCUGCUUGACAAACUUGGAAGAAAGUGUCCUGCAGUCUUAUUCUGAAAUGGCUAAGAAAAACAAGAACAAAAAAAAAAAAAGUAAACAUGCCUUGUUGUUCAUGGUUCUUUUUCCACAGCACAGAAUGUAACCAUUUGAUCUGUUCUGGUUGCUUUGUUCUGUUCUGGUUCUGGUUCUGGUCGCUUUAGCAAAGAUGAGCACUAAGGUGGGGCAUAUGGACCAAAACUCACGUCAAUACUACGUAUUGAAACCCGUCGACGAUGGAUGAACAUGUCACACCAUGUCAUAAUGCAGUAUUUGCUCCG